CGGUCGAUAGAAUGAGCGAGGAAGCCGAUGCGGCAAGAUCAGUCUUCGCUCCGAAAAGGAAAUCUGGAUCCCUGAAAGGAAUCCUGGAGGGAGGAGAGAAAGAUAUUUAAGUUACUCGAUCAGGAAGAUAAUCCCAAGAUAAAUCCAAAAGAGGAAUUUGGGAGAUUAGAGUUGUUUGGAAGGACUAAUAAUAGGUGGAAGGAACUUAGGAAGGAACUUAGGAGUAACAACGAGGACAAAGGGCGCGAAUGGAGGAGCUCCGCGGAAUCGGAGAUUAACUCGGGGAGAAAGAGGGAACGGUAGAGGAAGACAGAGGAGGACGGGUUGCGAAGCCUUUCGCCGCUCGCGACCUAAGUUUCUCGGCCGUCCGCGAGUCCCACUGAUCUAAUUCGCGGCGCUCUUUUACACCUCGGCGAUGUCUCGGUGAAGGCGUCUAUCGUCGACCGCCUCCGUUUGAAAGGAGAAGAAUGACACCGCAUCGUCGAUCCUCGUGAGCAUUUCCGAAGGAAUCGCCGGAACAAUAUCUUCCAUUCUGUCGCAACUUCGUCGGAGUUGUUACUACUGAAUACCGGAAACCUCGAGAAAUCAAACGGCCGGAGGCGUGACCUUCCUCACGUUGGUGGCUUGGUUUUCGCGAUCUUCGCCGUGUGAAAUGCCGAUGUGAUCCAAGUGCGCGAGGAUAUCUUCGCCGAUAUUCUUCUGCUUUCGUUUUUCGCUAGUGAUAACUCGUGUCUCCGAGACAUAACAGCCGCGAGCGAAGUGAAUACGUUCACGCGCGAACCGACAUACCGAAUCACAUCUCGCCGGUGUUUUAAUUUCGCGGUCCGAGACGAAUCGGCGGGACAGCAGCUGAGACCGGAGUGAAAAAGAUCGAGAGAGAAGACCGAUCGCGCCAAGAAAGGAAGAAAGAGGACAGCAGAUUCCAUUUGAAGCGGAAAACGAGAACCGAGAAUGAAGACCACACAACGAGCUCUAAGCUUCGACGAGACGUCGAUGGACAGCUGCAUAUUGGCUACCAUCGACGAGGGCCGCCGAGUCAGUGACUUGUCGGGCGAGCCGAUGAAGGACAAUAACGAGGUGGAAGUGACAUCAUUGGAGGAGGCCAAGUCGGUCAUAGCGGCACUCAGAGCGAGACAGCGGGCGCAGGCCCACCAAAUGCUCGCCUGGCGGAGGACCCUUAAAUUGCAGGAGGACCUGGUGGCCCGACUUACCCGGGAGAAGGCCGAGCAACUGCGGACGUUGUCGUCGCAGCUUCUGCUGUUCGAGUCCAGGCUCUGCAGGAAGCAGAAGGAAAUCGAGGCGAGUCUGAGUCAGCGAGAGUCCAUUAUUCUACGACAACAAAGGGUGAUCCGGCAAUUGCAGAGCAGAUUGGCGGAGAGGAGCACAAGUACCAGGGACUCGCCACCUUGCGACGCCCUGGACAGAUUGGAUAGUCUCGGGGACAGCGACAGUGCCGUGGUGCUCGAGGAGACCGCGGACGAUCCUGCUCCGCCGAGGUUUCGUUCUAACAUCACUGAUGUAACUGUGAUCCGUUCCGUGUCCGACGCGGUGGAACCGUCGAGCAAGUAUUCGUCGAUGCGACGGUGCAACGGUUUUCUCAGAAGACCGGAGAUCCUGGAAACCGUAUAUUCCGUAGAGGAAGACGGUGACAGCGAGAAUAAUCAGGAUCCAUCGGAGUCGACGGAGAACUCGGAGUACGAGGAUAGAAGAGCGAAAAACUUGGGCAACGGAAAAGGCAGACUACAGGAUCUCUAUGGCAGUUUCGAGAGGCUGGCUCAAGACACGGACUCCCCCCCCAGCGAAAGACCCAGAGAUGAAAGUCAGCAGGCACAGGUGACGUACAAUAGGGUAAUGAGCAACCACAGAUCAGUGACGAAGCCAAAAGAUGUGAAGUACAAGAGGAUAAAUAAGGCAAAGUCGAAAAGUCUCGAGGAACUCAGAGGACGUCUUAGAAAUUGGGUUGAGAAAGGGAAUAAAAUAGCUAUAUCGUUGGAUCAGUCAUAUGCCUGAGCUUAUUAUAUCCCCGUAUAUGAAAGUAUAAAUUAUUAUUUUGUGAAUGAUCAUUUUGUAAUGAUCAUUGUCAAUAUAUAACGUCUGAAACUAUAAUUUUACUUGUAAGAUUAAGGAAUGGACUUUAAUCUUUAGUAAAGUCAUUACGGUAUUUAAUUGAAAUAUCAUUGCUCUAUGUGAUAUUUACUGUAGUAUUUCUUCAUGAUAAUUAUAUCCCUAGGUCAAAGACAAAUGAUUCGACACUUGUGAUAUGAUUUUAUUCUAUACGAAAGCGUAGUUAGGAAGAAUUUAUUAUCAGGCAAAGAAAUAAU